AUGUGUAUAUCGCAGCAUCGUGUACGUCCACGUCAUAUACGUCCGCCCAUGACAAUGAAAAGCACGUGGUGCUUUGCCUGCUUUUGUUGGAUCACAAGUUCUCGGUUGCAGUGCAGCGUAACAGGUAGAAAGACGGUGGUUGUCACGCGUUGCACUCCCGUUCUGUCGUUCGUUCGUUUGACACCUCGUCUUCUUCUCUUGUGCACAUGUCUUGUUGCGUUACUGUGCCUUGUUCGUCCGCUGCCGACUCGAGCAGCUGCGUGCGACGCGACGACGACGACAGUGUGCAAUAAUGGGAGUUGCUUCGCACACAAUGGGUUGGAGGUUUGCGUUUGCGAGUUGCCUUGGACGGGAGCACACUGCGAUCAGACGAUGACGCUUUGUACAAAAGACUGCGGAGUGAAAUCGGAAUCUGGACUCGACUGUCAAACAGCAUUGUGUGGGCUUGGCACGUGUACAGACAGUAGCGUGCCUCCGUACUACUCAUGCACAUGCGGCGAUUUCUAUACGGGAAGUAACUGCGAAAUCCAGAGCAACCCUUGCAGCAGCGCGAGCAGUAAUCCAUGUGCGCAUGGAUCCUGCACUUUUGCGCCUGGGAAGAGUAGCGGGACUGUGACUUGUGUCUGCGAAGACGGAUGGGAGGUCCCACAAGGUGCUACCUCGACCAUCGUAAAGUGGGGGGAGAGCGAAGUUCUUAUGGGUCCACCCUGUUCUCAGCAACAGCAUCGAGGUGUGGCUAAUCUCGCCCUGACGUUAUCAAGUGGUGAGAUGAUUGUCUGGUGGAUCAUUUUCGCCAUCAGCAUUAUUGCCCUCGUCUGGUGUUGCUAUACUGUGUGCGCUGAAACAUGCUCCAAAUACAUUAGGACUAUCGGCCGACUACGGGCUGGCGCUCAGGUCGCCGGUGCCAUUUGA